CACACACACACACACACACACACACACACACACACACACACACACACACACACACACACACACACACACACACACACACACACACACACACACUUAACUUUGUUCCCUUCUAAGCUGUUGGAGGACUCUGCACAGGAUUUAUUUUACCGGUCAUGAAGUAAGUCUGUUUAUCUUUUUCUUUCAAAAGUUGAAGGAUAUCCGACUGUCAACACAUGUCUUGAACUGUUUACCCGCUUAUGGUAAAGAGAGGCCUGGUGUGCAUGCGGAGGGGAUUUCUCGACCAUGGAGUCCAAUCUGUCCGGCCUGUCUUCCCUGAAAGAGGAAUACGACCUGCUCUACAUCCAGCCACAUUACAAGGAGACUUACCGCCUGGCCAUCUACGCCCUGCUGUGCGGGGGCCAGGAGGCCUACGAUGAGUUCCUCAGGGUGGAGCAGAUCAGCCACUUCCUGUCGGAGGAGGAGAUCCAGUUCAUUUUGGAGCACGCAGAGUUACCGGUGGUGGAGGACGACAACCCCUCCUCCUCGCAGGGGACGAAGGCCACGGAUGAAGCCAGACCCUCCACCUACUUCCCCACAGAGUCCGAUGAAGAAGUGCCGGAACUGGACCUGGGCUGGCCCGAGGUCCCUCUGGAGGGAGCGGAGACCUCCAUCAGCCUGCUGUUCAACCCGCCUAGGCUGAACACCCCCACCAUCAAAGAGGUGGUGCGCAAACAGAUCCAGGAGGCCCAGCUGUGUAUUGCCAUAGCGAUGGACGUGUUCACUGACGUGGAUAUUUUCAAAGAGAUCAUCACGGCCACGCUGAGAGGAGUGGUGGUUUACAUCCUGCUGGAUCAGUCUCAGAUCAGGAGCUUCCUCAACAUGUCGCACAGGGUGGGCAUCAACAUCCACGACCUCAAGAAGCUCCGUGUUCGGACGGUUCCAGGACUUCUGUAUCAGUGCCGGUCCGGGGUGAAGUUCAGUGGAGAUCUGGAGCAAAGGUUUAUUCUGGUGGACAAUCGAACAGCGUUGUUUGGAACGUACAGCUACACAUGGGCGUUUGAGAAGAUCAACCACAGCAUGGUCCUGGUGAUCACCGGUCAGCUGGUUGGCUCUUAUGACGAGGAGUUUAGACGGCUAUACGCCCGCUCCACAGUCCCUGCAGUCCUCUCCAAGGAAAAGUCUUCUGUCCAGCCCCUGAAAGAAGGUGUGAGCCUGCAGAGGCCGAACGGCAGCCAGCUUUCCCUCCACCAAAUCCACAUGAGACCCAAAGUGAUGCACGGCAUGAGGAGCGCUCAGGAUGGAUUUAACAAUGGCGCCAUGACGAGGGUCCUGAGCGUUCAGGAGAGGCUGAAUCAAACUCACUGUUUCGACAUGGGGAACCUGGUGCGUGGACACAGCUAUGGCGGAGAGCUGCAGAAGUUAAACUCCUCGGGCCGACUGAGGAUGGGGACUAAAGACAUCGGACUCCCGGUUACCCCCAAUAAAACAGCUCAGAACCUGCUACAAAACAGGUUGUCUCAACAUCACAUUAGACACCGGACUCGCUACGGAGCGGACCAAAAUCUGAUACCAUUCAACUCUGAAACAUCCCUCCACAGGUGGAAGAUGGACGCAUACUUUAACGACAGCGACGGGCCUAAAGAUGAUGCAUUAUCCCCACUGUCAUCUCCGUAUAACAGCUACACAGGCUUAAAUGAGCAGCAAUCACAGAUGAUCCACGUCAGAUCAAGGGACAUUAGGAACAGGAUGGAGGAAAUGAGGCAGAAGAGACUCAGUAUGCAGGAGUAUGGCAACCUCAGGCAGAGCCAAGAGUCCUUGAGGUCUUUGUACCAGGCUGUGGAAAGACCAAAGUAUUUGUCUUCAUUAAGAAGUCUGGACAUGAGGCAGAGUAUCCCAGAAUUCGAGCCAAUUGUGCAAAAUGGGGUCAGUGACAAACCAACCAAUCACAAUGACAGCGAGCCAAAUAAGGAAGGCGACAAAACAGAGCAACCUCUCACUGAGGACCAACGUUCGGCCUCUAACUACGAUGUCAUGAUGACUCCAGAUCGAAAAACAACACCGAAAUAUGACUGGCACGAACCUCUCUCCAGGACAACUUCAGCUGCUGAGUUAGAGAUACAACUAAACGAUCCAUCGCUCAAACUCUCCCACUUGCAGCCCAGCGGUCUCCAACACCCGCGAGCAAUGGAGGCUUUGACGGAGAUCCCUGAGGAGAAAGAGGGUUCACGUGUCAACAGUUCAGACUCAGCCGCAUUCAAAGAAGGAAAUGAGGAGAUAGGCAAAGACGAGAAAGCUCUUCCAAAGCAGAACUCUGUGAAAUCCAGCGUUCCUGCAGAACCAAAGCACCAGGAUCAAACCAGAGUCAAACCUGCUUCUGUAGGUAAGGCUGCAGAACCGAAGCACCAGGAUCAAACCAAAGUCAAACCUGCUUCUGUAGGUAAGGCUGCAGAACCAAAGCACCAGGAUCAAACCAGACUCAACCCUGGUUCUGUAGGUAAGGUGUCCAACAGCUCAAGCGCAGUCGCUCCAAAAGAAAGAGAGAAAUCAAUUUCCAAAGAUGAACCAUCUGUACCAAAGAGCACUUCCCCAGGAUCUCAGCAUGCAGGUGAAGCUAGGAGUAGUCAAGUGGACAAAAAGCAAACACAGCCCGAGGAACCACCCCUCCAAAGGAUGAAUUCCUUGAGAAUGAAAGUACAUUCGCUGCUUACGAGUGACGAAAAGAAAUCAUCCAAGAAAGAAGAGAAGUCGCUGCGAAGAAAGGAAUCGCUGAGAACGCAGAACCCGUCAAACCAACCCCUCAAAGCAGACCACUCACAGGCGGCAGAGCAACCGACAACAAAGAAAGGUCAUUCUACGAGCGUCUCCCGGUCGCACAGCUCUCUCGCUGCUCCAACAGACACAGAGAAGCAUAAAUCUGGAUUCCAGAGAUUAUCUCCACAGCGUUCCAGUAAGAAGAAGACGAACCCUGCAGGAGAGCAGGAUCGAGGAUCGAAGAGCACUCUGAACGACGAGGAAGGGAUGCCCGCUCGAAGCCGGAGAGACCAAGUCUACAGCCGAUACGAACUAUUGUUCAACCCGGAAAGUAAUCAUCUGGACAAAUCAACAAGGGUCCCGAGCAUGUAUCCCUCAGAGAAAGACAGAAGCUCGUCUCUUAGCAGGCAGGACCCACAGAGUGGCUCGGAGAACAAACUGGGGAGGUUCAUGCAACGGGUCGGAAAUUUGAUAGGCAAGAACAAGUAGAGUAAGAAACGACGCAAUGCUCAGGAAGGAAGGCAGUAUUAGUGCAUAAUCCAUGGAUGUGUCCGAAGUUAUUCACUGCAAGUUUGUUUAUAUUCCAACAACAAAGCAACUACACCCAGAACAGUGUUGUGUCAGGUAACUGUUUGAUUCAAUAAGUGGCAGCGACAGACAGAAAGGUCUUCAGCCUCGAUUUAAAAAAAAAGUGUUGCAGCAAACUGUUUUCUCUACCCCGCUCACUACUCCUUACUAAGGAGUUCUAUGUAGAGGUAUAAAUAGUGACCUCAUCUGCAUAAAAUGAUUUUUAAAGGUGCCAAUUCGGGUCAUUUAUCUGAACCAUUAAUAAUGGCAUCCCUUUCUGACAGAAGAUGCAAAAAACUGAACUUGUGCUAGAGCAGCGUCUGCUGGGGGACCGUCUAUAUUACCAUCCAUUAAAUAGGGUGUAAUAAUUUCCGACAGCACUACAGAUUGGCAAGUCUCUACAGCAGAGUAGUGGUGAGUGAUUUUGGACACAGCCCAUGUAUUGUUCAUUGCUUUAUCUGGCCUCCCAGCAGGGACAGAGUUGGGUGGUUGCCACUGCAGUGUUCUUUUGUUGGAUAAUGUGUCUUAGAUCUUAUCAGGGCACAUAUUAACCACCGUUUCCAAAACACAAGAGGCCUCUCAACAGGUGUCUGUGUCCUUUAUUUUGCAAGUUUACUUAAGGACAGGUGUGGUGUGAGUAUUGUGUAUGUGUGUCCGGCCUGAUACUGUAUGUCUCUUUGCCAUAGAGCUACAGACAUGAACACACUCUCAAUUCCACACACACCAUCCUGAUGCCACGCAUGUAUAUUAAUCCACCGCUGAAAAUAGUCCCCAACAAAUGCACUGUUUCAUAAUUACUGUUUUGGGAAGAAAAUCAUCUCUUAAGCAUUGAAAGACGGACUAAUGGGAUGUUGUAUAGCAAACCUUGUAUUUUCUCUUGGUCUCAUUUGUCAAUUAAAAUUCUUUUGAAAGGGCUUCAUGUUGUACAUUGAUGAUGAUUUUUGAAAUGAUAUGCAUGUUUGUAAUACUGAGUAAUCCAGAUGUGUAACAAAACUAAACCUACAGUGAAACAGUGUUUAACUAAGGGGAAAUAUAUCAUUUAAACCAAGACUUCGGUGGGAAUCAUGAGGUAUCUCUUUCUAAGAAAUUAUCAAAGUCUCGGUUACCGUUUCAUUCAUUUUCAAACACCACUGGGAACAGGGUUUUUUUAGUCCACUCGAAAACUGAUCAGAGUGAAAUCUGUUGAGUAAAUACGACAUCGCAUAUUUUAUUGUUACUUUUUAAUGCAGGUAGCAGCACAAGCAUUAUUUUUACGAGACUUGAAGCUGAAUUAAACUGAAAUAAUCAGGAAGGAUUGGUUACAAUACAAUUGUUUUUUUUAAAGUGUUUUCUGUAAAUUGGGUAAACUGACUCUUUUGUGUUGUGUUGUAGAUUGUACCUUCAUGUAUUUAUGUCUGUAAAAUACACUGUAAAUAAAAGAAUACAACGUGAAAAAACCUUA